UUUAAAUUUCGGCGACGAUUAAUUCUAGGCGCUCGGCAUUCAAAACCAAAACUGGGGUAAGAAUGGCUUCAUUGGUAGACGUACCAAUUACUUUUGGGCUGGUCGCGAGGACAAUCGGCAUUCUCGUCCUCUUCGCGGUCUUAAAGUUCUUCCACCGUCUCUAUCAAGUUCGCUCAUUGGUUCGGAAGGCUGCAAAGGAGGAUGGAGUUAAAUUCUUGCCCCAUUCAUUCCUCCUUGGGCAUCUGCCAGUCGUAGCUCGGCUUAUGGCCAAGUAUCCGCUCGACACAAGUGGCCAAUAUGUUCCGCUCCUGCUGGCCAAAGAGUACCCGGAAAUCUGCAAUUGCGGGCUUGUCUACGUUGAUACCUGGCCUUUUGCUCCACCAAUGCUGGCCGUAUUCCACCCAGACAUGAUGUCCCAGUUCACGCAGGAGACGUCCUUACCAAAGCACGACAUGAUGCGCAAGGAAUUUAUGCCGUUCACCCAGUGUAAGGACCUGGUGAACCUGGAGGGCCAAGAGUGGAAGGCCUGGAGAAGCAUUUUCAAUCCUGGAUUCUCGGCUAAGAACCUCCUUUCGUUUGUCCCAGCUAUUCUCGAGGAGGUUCACGUAUUCAGAGCCUGGCUGAAGAGUGUCGCUAAAUCGGGAGAGGUGGUGAAAUUGGAAGAACAGGCAAUGAAGGUGACGAUAGAUGUUAUCGGCCGAGCUGUACUGGACACACGACUCCAUUGCCAAACCCGGACAAACCGAUUCUACAACGUGAUGAAGAAUCAAAUCAGCUGGCUCCUUGUCGACAACUCACCUUCUACCCUCCGUAAAGCAAUGAAUCCUUCCCGACCGCUGAUGACAUGGAACAACAACCGCAUCAUAAAGAACUUUCUCCAGCCGCACAUCGAGCGUAGCAUCGCCCGACACGGCACACCCAUCAAAGGCCCGCAGACUAUCACGGACCUCGCCAUCAAAUCAUAUGUGACUGAAGUCCAACCCGUCUCCCAAUCUAGCAAUGCAAACGCUCGCUUCAUCAACCAGACCAUCGAGAACCUGAAAAUCUUCAUCUUUGCAGGCCACGACACGACCGCUAGCACACUUAGCUUUGCCUUCCACCUCCUGCACACCAACCCCGCCACCCUCGCAACCCUGCGUGCCGAGCACGACGCUGUCUUCGGUACAAACCCCAGUACCGCAUCUGCCACUAUCACCGCGUCGCCCCAGCUCCUGAACCAGCUCCCAUACACGUCAGCCGUCAUCAAAGAGACUCUGCGCCUGUUCCCACCCGUCGGCACUGUGCGUCGCGGCAGCGCAAGCUUCUACCUCACUCAUCCGGAGACUGGUACCCGUUAUGCCACGGACGGCUUAAUGUUGUACGGCUGUUCGAUGGCUGAGCACCGCCUUAAUGCCUUCUGGCCACGGGCCGCUGAGUUCGUGCCGGAGCGCUGGUUGGCCCGCGAGGGCGACCCGCUGCAUGUGCGCAAGAACGCUUUUCGUCCGUUUGAGCUUGGCCCACGGAAUUGCAUCGGCCAGGAGCUAGCGCAGCUGGAGCUAAGAGUCAUUUUGGCCAUGACGAUCCGUGAGGUGGACGUGCGUAGUGUUUAUCCUGCAGACGGCACGAUGGUACUGGGCGAGCUAGCAUAUCAGUGUAUGUUGCCUGGUGCGUUGACAGGGCAUCCAAAGGGGAUGAUGCCAGUGACGGUUCAGCUUAGGGAGUAGCGGGGCCGAGACUGAUCAGAUCUGAGGUCCGCCUUGUUUGCUGUUGUGUCUCGUAAUGCCGCUAGAGUGUUAAUUUUAUCAAAG